AUGAGUGAGCGUGGGUUAAGGAGACUUUUCAUAGCUCUCCUUUUGCUUUAUAUUGGAGCAAGCGUUGCUGUUCAAGGAGAUCCAGGAGCAGGAAAGGCUGUCUGGGAAAACAAAUGGAGCCACAAUUAUAUGAAGAAUAGCAAGCUUUUCUUGUAUGACACCUUUCCCAGAAACUUUAUGUGGGGUGUGGGAAGUUCUGCAUUUCAGAUCGAAGGAAGUUGGAAGACAGAUGGAAAAGGACCUUCUAUCUGGGAUCACUUUACCCACACUGAAUACUUCAGAUUCAACAACGCAACUGCAGAUAUCUCCAGUAACAGCUACACCUCCUUCGACAAGGACUUGACAGCUCUCGAAUCCCUGGGAGUCACUUCUUACCUCUUCUCCAUCUCCUGGCCCCGUCUUUUUCCAAAUGGAAUGGUGGGGUCUGUCAACAACAAGGGUUUUCAGUACUACAAUACACUUAUCGACUCCCUGAUACAGAGAAAAAUAAUUCCCAUUGUCACCCUCUACCACUGGGAUCUGCCUUUAGCAUUGCAAGAGCAGUACGGAGGCUGGAGCAGCGAGGCAAUGAUUAAUAUAUUUAAUGAAUAUGCUAAAUUCUGCUUUCAGGCGUUUGGGGAUCGUGUUAAAUUUUGGAUCACCAUCUACAAUCCUUUCCUAAUUGCCUGGCAUGGAUACAAAACAGGGAAAUAUCCCCCUGGACAGAAAGAGAACCUUGCAGCAAUGUAUACUGUAGGGCACAACUUGAUUAAGGCACAUGCAACGGUCUGGCACACUUAUGACAGGCAAUUUCGCAAUUUGCAGAAAGGCCUCGUGUCCAUAGUAUUGGGCUCCCAUUGGAUUGAACCAAAGAAUAACAGCUUCAACUAUAAAAGCUUCCAGUUGUCCAUGGACCUGGUGCUCGGGUGGUUUGCCAAACCAAUCUUUGUGGAUGGUGACUACCCUGACAGCUUGAAAGCACAAAUUGACCCGCCUUUACCUACAUUCACUGAAAAAGAAAAGAGUUUCAUCAACAGAACUGCAGAUUUCUUUGCAUUUUCUUUUGGUCCAAAUAUCUUUCGAUCACUGCAACACAAUCUCAAACUUAGAGAUUGCGUGUCUCUCCAUCUUGGGCGGGUCCUGACCUGGAUAAAGCUGGAAUACAACAGCCCCAGGAUCUUAAUUGCAGAGAAUGGAUGGUUUUCUGAUAGCCAUAUUAAAACAGAAGACACCAUUGCUAUUUACCUUAUGAAAAAGUUCUUAAAUGAGUUGUUAAAAGCUAUCCGUUUUGAUGGAGUCAACGUGUUUGGAUACACUGCCUGGUCUCUGCUGGAUGGCUUUGAAUGGCAGUUUAACUAUAGUAUUAGAAGGGGUUUGUUUUAUGUGGAUUUCAGCAGUAAGAACAAGUCCAGGAUUGCAAAAUCCUCUGCAUUCUUCUAUAAACAGAUUAUAGAACAAAAUGGUUUUCCGGUAACUGAGAUUAGCCAGACGGUGAAUGGGCAGUUUCCUUGUAACUUCUCCUGGGGAAUUGCUGAAACAGUGCUGCAGGUAAACAAUGUGUUUUUGUCUCCUGAAUUUGUUGACAACAAUCUUUACAUUUGGAACUGUAGUGGAGAUCAGAAACUAUACAAAGUCAAUGGAAUGACUAUGUCGCCUCGUCCACUUAAAUGCACUGAUUUCAGCAACUUCAAGCAACAUGUAGCAUUGGUGAGGAAGAUGAAUGUGACUCACUACAGCUUCGCCUUCAGGUGGACCCAGAUCCUACCCCAUGUCGGUCUGUCCAGUGUAAACAGAAACAUUCUAAUUUAUUACCGAUGUAUUAUCAGCGAAUUGUUAAAACUAAAUAUUGCCAGCACCAUCACUUUGUACCACCCAACAUCCAGUGAUAUUGACUUACCUGCACUACUGCUGAAGAAGGGAGGGUGGCUCAGUAGACAGACUGCUGUUGCUUUCAAUGAAUACGCAAAAUUAUGCUUUCAAGAAUUUGGUGAUUUGGUCAAAUUGUGGCUUACUAUGAAUGAACCAAACAUAAAUGUUCAGAGAAGUCCCGACACCUACAGGGCAGCACAUAAUAUGAUCAUUGCUCAUGCCUUGGCCUGGCAUACUUAUAAUAGAGACUACAGAAAUAAGUACCAUGGUCUUGUGUCUCUGACACUGCGUGCUGACUGGGCAGAACAAGCAAAUCCCUUCCUGGAAUCCGACAAGAGAGCUGCUGAGAGGCUCCUGCAAUUCCAAAUAGCCUGGUUUGCAGAUGCCAUUUUCAAGACUGGAGAUUAUCCACAUAAGAUGAGGGAAUAUAUCCACUGUAAAAAUAAAAAAGGUCUCUCCAGUUCCUUCUUACCAUAUUUCACUAAGGAAGAAAGACAGAUGAUUAAAGGAACUGCUGAUUUCUUUGCUAUCAGUCACUUUACCACAAGGCUCAUCUUGCACAAACCCAAAAAUGGAACCAAGUAUGAAAUGGAUCAUGAUGGGAGUUUGCUGAGAGAUGUAACAUUGCUGACAUUCCCAUCCCCCUCCCAUUCCUUCUUUCCUUUUCUCUCUCACCGCCAAACUCAUUCUGAGAUGGCAGUUGCACCAUGGGGGAUACGUAAAGUCCUGCAGUGGAUCAAAUCUCGCUAUGGAAAUAUGGACAUUUAUAUCAUGGCAAAUGGAGUUUGGGACAUUUCUACCAUCAGUGAUGAACUUCGAAUAUAUUAUCAUAAAAAUUAUAUUAAUGAGGUUUUGAAAGCACACCUACUAGACCAAGUCAAUGUCAGAGGCUACUAUGCCUUGAAGUUAAAGGAUACAAAUACAAAUGAGCUGUCAUUGAGAUUGCUCAAUGUUUCUGAGCCAAAGACUUCAGUAGAGUUUUACGAUAAACUUAUCAGUGCCAAUGGUUUUCCUUUAGGAUUGUCAAGAAAACAUUGUCCCAUGGAUGACAAACCAAGGCACUGCCCCAUGUGUGUACUUAUAAAAGAGGAAAAAAUAUUUAUAUUCUUUGGAUUCUGUCUUCUGCUCACCACUGCACUGCUCACUGCAAUCAUUUUCAUACAUAAGAAAAAGCAAAGAAAACCAUACUGA